AUGCGCAAGCCGUGGUCCAAGACCUUCAGCUUUACUCCAAACUCAGCUACCGAGGAUGCUGGCGUGCAGACCAGCACCAUCACCAAGAAGCUCGAGCCACUGCUUCUCGAGGAGAACGGUCGCAUCAGACCGGCUGUCGACACUGGCAACUACGUCUAUUUGAUGUUCAUGAUGUUCGGAUUCGGUGCUCUUCUUCCAUGGAACAUGUUCCUCAACAUCUCGCACGAUUACUACACCAUGUUCAAACUCCGCGCUUUCAACGAAUCCUCGAGCGCUACUCUCUUGAACAUCUCUGACUCCUUUGGUUACUCCACGUGGCACUCUGAGAACUUCCAAUAUUCCAUGACCAUCUCCGCUCAGUUCCCUAACUUGCUCUUCAGCUUCGCCAACAUCUUUUUGGCCACCAAAGGAGACCUCACCGGCCGCAUGCGUCUCUGCCUUGCUGCUGUCCAAGCCAUGGUCCUUCUCACCAUCAUCUUCAUCUACGUGGAUACCACUACCUGGACCGCGUCCUUCUAUUAUCUCACCCUCUUCACCAUCUUCGUUCUCAACGCUGCCAACGGUCUCUUCCAGAAUUCGUUGUUCGGUCUCGCCUCCUCGUUCCCAUUCGAGUACACCAAUGCGAUUCUCAUCGGACAGAACUUCUGUGGAACCGCUGUCAGUGUGCUCGCCAUGUUCACCAAGGCAGUUUUCACCGAGGAAGUGCAGAAUCGUGCUGCUCUCUAUUUCGGAAUCGCGUCGAUCGCUAUCAUCGUCUGCUUCAUUCUUCUCAAUAUCAUCAAGAAGAUGACCUUCUUCAAGAAGUACGACGUCGCUGAGGCCAAUGCUUACGAGUUGAACCAUGAGAUCACCACCUGGGAAGAUGUUAGAAUUGCCUUCACUAGAAGCAAAAUGCAAUUCGCCAAUAUCUUUUUCCUCUUCUUCGUGACUCUCUCCUUGUUCCCAUCCAUCUGCAUGUACGUUCGUGACGCUCCACCACCACUACCACACAAUUUUCUGGUCUCAGAAGCCUACUUCAUGGACGUUACCACUUUCCUCAACUUCAAUCUGUUCGCUUUCCUCGGAAGCUUGACUGCUAACUGGGUCAGAUUGUUCAGCCCAAAGAAAAUCUGGAUCGCCGUCGCCGUUCGUGUCUGGUUCUUGUUCUACUUCCCACUUGCCAACUACUUCCCAACCAAUGUCGUCGAUGGCCGUAACUUUCCCCCACUCUUUCCAUCCACCUGGAUGUUCGUCUUCAACGUCGCCUUGUUGGCCUUCUCCAGUGGAUAUCUCAGCUCAUUGGUCAUGAUGUACGCGCCAAAGGCACACGAAGAGCCACGCAUUCAGCGUAUGGCCGGAAUGAUCGCCGCCUUCUUCCUCAUCGCCGGAGUCGUCGCUGGUCUCAGCUUCUCCUGGGCCAUCAAAGUUAUCGUUGUGGGAUUCUCCCAAUAA